AUGAAAUACAUUUUGUUCUCGCUAAGCGCUUUCGCUCUCUACGCCAUCUUCUACUUCUCCUACGUCAAUGGUCUUCAUGCGCUUGGUCACGACGCCAUCGACUCCGGGAAGCUCCCGGGAGUCAAUGCACCGUUGCGCACUCAUUUUACCGGCGUGGAAGCAAUUGAUCGGAUUUUGACUUUAUUGACGGUGUUCUUUUAUCCUACAUUGGAUGGUCAAAGCCCGACUCUUCUGCUUCACAGUAUUGGCUUUUCAGGUACUUUUGGAGCCGCCUGGACCCUGGUCGUCUUGGAGUCGUGGCGCAAAGGGAAUGCUGGAACCAUCGUUGCUUUCCCUGCCAUCUUCGGGCUCGCAGCUCAGCUGAUGACCUUUGCUUUCGCAGCACCUCUCAUCUGCGGUCUCCAAUUGGCAUGCUCGAUUACAGCGAGCCGCCCCGGCGCUGACAACAUUCGAAUUCCUCGCGUGGUUCUCGUCGUCUUGCCUGCAAUUUUCGCGGUUGGUUUCAUGCUUCCCACCCAGGCGAUGGUACUUCCGACUCCCGACGUGAUUUCCGUGGACAUGAAGCAGAUCGCCAUUGCCAUUUGGCAGCCGUGGCCUGCUUAUGUUUCGAUUCUGACCACCGUCGCCUAUUACGUGUUGUCGCCUUUCUUCGUGGACGACCAGCGCGCCUCGCUGUCCAGCUCACGCUGGGUAUACGCAUUUGCUUUCGCAAAUGCUUCUCUGAGCCACCUCGUUUCCUGGAUUGUGUCUCUUGCCACUGUGAUGGCUCCUGGUCUGUUCAACGACCGGUUCCUCGACCCUCUUCAUCCCUCCAAGGUGUUUUCAAUCCCCCUUCCUUGGUCGGGAUUGAAGGUUGACACUGUGGCUGAUGGUGUACAUGUCUUCUUGCGAUGGGAUUAUAUUAUCGGGUCAGCUGGUGUUCUGCUCUGGGCCUUAACCCUAUACACUGUUGCUCACAGGCGAAUCCUCAACUUCGUCUCUUGGCCAACUCUUCUUCUUAAAGUUGGUCUCCUAACUGCCUUGACCGGCCCGGCUGGUGCGGCGGUCGAGCUGAUGUGGGAGCGCGAUGAGUUGGUUUUCCGAGAAACCGAUACGACGCUGGUCAGUAGGAGCAAGAAGUCUUCCUAA